UGGUGUCAUGGAGGCUCAGUAAGACUGCAGCAGCCAUUGAUGAAAGCAGAGCUGUCGGGAAGAGCUGGGAAAUUUUUUUUUUUAAUUUAUAUAUUUUUUGCCCCCCUCCUCUUAAUUGUAUAAACUGCGAGUUAUAUAUUUUAAUUUUAGACAUGGAUAUGAAAAAGAGGAUCAGCUUGGAGCUGCGGAACAGGACCCCGCUGGAGGUGACAGAGUUAGUGGUGGAUAACUGCCGCUCCAGUGAUGGGGAGGUGGAGGGAUUGACGGAUGACUUCAAAGCACUCGAGUUCCUCAGCAUGGUUAAUGUAGGGCUCUCGUCUCUGGCUAAACUCCCUACCUUGAGUAAACUCCGCAAGUUGGAACUCAGCGACAAUAGCAUUUCCAGCGGGUUGGAGGCUCUCUCGGAGAAGUGUCCCAACCUGACAUACCUGAACCUGAGCGGCAACAAGAUCCAGGACCUGAGCACCGUGGAGGCGCUGCACAGUCUAAAGAACCUUAAGAGUCUGGAUCUGUUCAACUGUGACAUCACCAGCCUGGAGGAGUACCGGGAGAGCGUCUUUGAAUUGCUGCCCCAGAUCAGCUACCUGGACGGGUUCGACCAGGAGGACAGCGAGGCCCCGGACUCCGAGGAGGGGGGCGAGGCAGAGGAUCACGAGGAGGAGGAGGAGGAGGGUGCGUCCGCCGGCCCCACGGGAGUCUUCGAUGACGAUGAUGAUGAUGAUGAUGACGAGGAGGAGGAGGAGGAUGACGAGGAGGACGAAGACGGAGGGGUGGAAGAGGUUGGCCUUUCCUACCUCAUGAAGGAGGAGAUUCAGGAUGAAGAAGAUGAUGAUGACUAUGUGGAGGAGGAAGAGGAGGAGGAGGAAGUAGAUGACGAUGACGAGGAGGGGGUCCAAGGAGAGAAGCGGAAACGAGACCCUGAGGACGAAGGAGACGAUGACGACGAGGAUGACUAGCCCUUUUCCGGCUGCCACAAAACCAUGUGACGAUAUUGCAGAGAAUUCCUUUGUAGAGCAUAGCUAGCACUCUAGGUGUGUGUGUGUAUUAUUUUUGAUAUGUAUAUAAAAAGAAAGGUUUUGGUUUUAAUGAAGAUUAAUUUGUAAUCAUUCCAAGUCGUUUGUGCUUCCCAGCAAGUCCCAUACAUUUGGGACUGGAGAAAGGGGGUUACAGUUUUGCAAGCCCUGGUCAUCUCAACCAGUUAUGUGGUUCUUGAGCUGAGGGAACACUAAACCACUUUGUGGCUUGGAACAUGGUUUCAGGAGACUAGGUUUCAGACCGCUGUAUGGCACACCAGGGGAGACUUUGGGGUUUGAUACAGCAGCCUUAAACUAGGUCUCCUGGAACCAGCUUUCAAGCUGUUCCUGAAAAAGUGGCUCUGUUCCCCUGGCUUUCCAUUCUGCAGUGUGGGUAUUGGACAGCAGGUGGCAGUCUACCAGUUUCUUUCCCUUGACAAAUAUACAUCCACUUGUUUCACUGACUAGGCCAAAUUUAAUUUAUUCAGCCCAAAACAAUUUGCCUUUGGGUCUCCAAAUGAUAAUGUUCCAGACUGGUUGACUUGCUUAGAAUAAAAUAAAGGAAAUCCUGCAACUCACAUAUCAAAUUUAAAACAAUGGUUUGAAAAAACAAAAACAGUAGUCCCUAAACACUUUUUUUUUUUUUUUUUUUCUUUAAACCAGGAAAGUGUUUUUUGAUAUCCGAGUUGCACAAUUGUUGAACCCUACGCACCACAGCUGACUUUGAUGCAGUGCCAGUUCUGAUCUGUUUCAGCUUUCGAUAUAAUCACAGGAUAACAUUCUGGUGCCAGACUGACUUUUUUGAGUUGUUUUGUGUGGUGUGUUGUGUGUUCUUUUUUUUUUUCUCUGACGGCACAAGUACUAUAAAGCAGAGGGAACACGAAGCCACUUGGUGACUUGGAACUUGGUUUCAGGAGACUAGGUUUCAGGCCACGGCACACCAGGGGAGAAUUGGGGUUUGAUACAGCAAAGCUGCGUGAAACCAGGUUUCAAGCCACUGCUUCGUGUUCCCUCAGCUUUAUCGUGACAUCUUGUUCUGGCAGCAAGGAUGCAAUAUGUACGGGUUCUGCAGUUUUAGUUUGUUUAUAUUUUUUGGGGGUAUGUGUUUUUAGCUAUGGACACAUUGCAGUGGGUAGGGUUUUAUAUUUUACAGAGCAACAUGUCCCUGUAUUCUACUGUUCUUCUGGCAAUAUGUAUAUAGUAUUCCAACUCCUCUUCGCUAUCCUGUUUUAAAUAAAUUUGGCUUGCUUUUUAGGUAUUUUUAUUAAAAGCACAGGCCAUGGAGUAAUUUUUUUUUUGGGGGGUGGGGGGAUUGUGGCACUCACUUUAGUUUGUUUUAAGUCUGUGGAUGUUAUUCCAGAUGAAUUUAAUGUUUUGGCAUUUUUGUGUGCUGUAAAACUAAGGGUUUUUAAAUAAUAAAAAAAGUUAAUAAAAAAAGGCUUUAAAUAAAAUAUCAUGGGUUUAAUACA